AUGGCUCCUCCCAAUUGGAGUCGUACCGGAUGCAUCACCUGCAAGCGUAGGCGCAAGAAGUGCGAUCGGGCACAGCCGGCUUGCAACAGUUGUGAGAAGCGUGGGAUCCAAUGCGAAGGUUACCAGCAGGUCUUCAUUACUCAAUCUCCGUGGGGUCACCGAAGGAUCACAGAACCUCGCUCCAAGGCAAAAGGAAGACCCAGCACAACUGCCUCCGAUCCUGCUCCGAGGGAGACUGAAUCAGAACCGACACGUCCCUUUCCCUCCGGCAAGGUCAGCCCCCAGCAAGAGAUUUCUUGGGUCCAUCUUGUUGCUGACCCGCCGACAUUGAGUACCAGCCAGGGUCACUCUGAAUGUGGUCCAUAUCAGCUUGCCACAGCAGAAACAGAGUUACUGCUGGCUGAUUCAAACUUUUCGAAUGCGCUUGUAGAGAGAGAAGACCCAACAGACAAGAAUUACAGCAAUAAUGAUACUAUAUCUGUGCCUACACCUGAGGAACAGGACGCAUGUACAUCUCCACAAGAGGAGACACUACACCUCCCUUCUCUGGAAGAAGACUCAACAGGUCACCUGGACUCAUUGUUCUCAUGUGCGGAAGGCUCAUCCUCAACAGAUGUGGAAAUGAGAAACGCUAUCAUUGAUGCGACGCUUUUGCUACCAACACUAAGCGCCUUUCCCAACGUCACAGAUCAAGACUUCUACUAUCUACAGUAUCUCGAUGAGCAAGCAGCUACGCAGUUACUGAAUGUAGACUCCGGAGUUUUUAACCCACUUAGACGACUCAUUCUGCCUAGAGCUUUAGAUUGUCUAGGUGUACUUUACGGUGUUUGCGCGGUUGCUGCCUGUCACCAGGCUCAACGGUCCGACCCGGAGACUCGUAUCGAUCAGAACAUUGUAGCCACCAGAUUCUAUGUCAAGUCUGUCAACUGGCUUCAGUCUACAGUUGGUAGACAGGCAGCCCAUCUCGAUUCUCAAUGCUCGACAUGGGAUGAUGCGUCCGUCAUUACAUCCUUGUUGCUUUGCAAGUACGAGAUCAUCAAGGGAAGCUCGGCACACUGGAGGGACCAUCUUGAUGGCCUCGAGUUAUUAAUACAAAAAAAAGGCGGCAUUCAAAAUUUGGAAGUGGAGUGUGCUCAAUAUGUUGCAAGCUUUUUGCGAUACCAUCGCAUGAUUGCAGACAUCUGUCACCUCGACAAGGCUACAAAUGGCCAAGAAAACAGUGGCUUAGAUAUUAUGGCGACUUCUACCUUCUCCCUUGAUGUAUACUCAGGGUGCGCACACCACCUUCUAAAGACUUGUCAUGAUAUUGCUCGGCUGGCCAGCCGACUGGAGUCUCAAGAAGCCGUCACCUAUACAGACUUCGCAGAAGCAGAGGCGCGGAUCAUUUCUUCGUUGGGCACUUCAAUUAUCGAACCCGAGGUACAGUGUCUGUCUGAUGGCACCACCGUAUCGCAAAUCAGUAGAUUGCUUUAUGUCGCGCAACGUACCAGAUACGCCGCCUUUGUCUUCCUCCACUCAGUCGUUGAGCGAGGAAUCGAACUAUGCAAAUUUGAAACCGCCGAGAGGGAUGCUCUACGGCUCCAGAUACCAUAUACCAAGUCACAGGCUUUGGACGGAUGCCUUGAGAUGCUUGCCGAGGUCCCAAUCGCCCAACACUGCGAGUUUGCUGGACUAGCACUUGCAUUCUUCCUCGCCGGGUGUGAGGUCGAGGACGAACAUAGGAAAUAUCUUGUACUAGAGAAGCUUUUUCUUAUCCAGCGCAGUUUCGGACUCGGCCACAUUGCCAGUGCGAAUGAAGCGCUCAUGAUGAUAUGGCAGCGAGACAGAGGGGCGAAGCCGCAAGUUUGGUGGAAUACGAUGAGAGACACGGGCUGGGAACUGAUCUUAUGUUAA